AUGGCCACCGGAGCUGCCUGCUACUACCACCCCGCCGCGGGAAGGGGGAGCCCCUCCUCGCUAUCUCCGGGCCUCGGGUCAUCGCAGAGCAAGGUGUUCUUUAUCAGCUGCGGCGGCCGCAGCAGCAGCCGGUGGUGGAUGAGGAGGAGGGGAGGGGAGGGGAAGGCGAGCUGUGGCAGCAUCAAUAGCAGCAGCAGGGCAAGGGCGAGGCCUGCCUUGUUCUCCCCUGCCAUGGAGUGGCAGGAGUGCAGCACUGAGAUUGAAGUUGAUGUUCCAUGUUCAGUGGCCUACCAGUGUUACUCCGAACGUGAGACUAUUCCUGAAUGGAUGCCAUUCAUAUCAACUGUCAAGGUCCUUGAAGAUAAACCAGAACUUUCACGUUGGACUUUGAAGUAUGCGAUACUUGGUCGGGAUGUAGAAUUUUCUUGGCUUGCCCGAAACAUGACGCCGACUAAAAAUCAGAAGAUUCAUUGGCGUUCUCUUGAAGGUCUUCCUAACAGGGGCGCUGUCCGAUUCUUCCCUAAGAGUUCAUCCUCUUGUAGAGUACAACUAACAGUGGCCUAUGAAGUUCCUGAAAUUCUGACCCCGGUUGCAUCAGCCCUGAAACCAUUUCUGGAAGGUUUACUUUUCAAUGGGCUAGAACGUUUUGUGGCGUUCGCGAAGGAACGCUAUAGCAAGUCCCUCCAGUCUUGA